AUGUCAGCACAACUAGCCCGCCAAUCGCUAAACCUUCUUCUUAAACCAACCGUAAAGCCCACAGCUGAUAAUGGCGGCAAGGCAAAACGAGUAGAAAAGAAAUCACCACAAUGGCUGCCAAAGACAAAGACUGGAUUAAAGAAGAUUAAGCACGAGAUUCGAUAUGGACAGCAUCAAAAGACAAAACAAAAGAAGGAAGAAGAAAAGAAGAGAGAGAAUCCGAUUGAUGCCUUGAUACAGACUGAAAAGACACUUGACGAAAACUUGGCUCGUAACGUAAAAAUGCUGACAUCAAAAUUAAGGGCAACAAAGGUUGAAAGAGAACUACACAAGCAGGCAAGUAGACAAUUUUCAUUAUUAGUACUGAAAUACAGAUCGACAAAACAAACCAAGUCUUCAAAGGAAGAGGCAGACGAUGAAAGCGACUAA